ACCAAUGUUUUUUUCCAGACACACUCCAAAGUAACGUUUCCACCAAUCACCAAGUACUUCAGUUAGAUCUGUUCUCCACAUCUCACGCAUCUUCGUCUAGCAUCUCUCCUACUCAAUUUUGAAACAAAAUCAUUUUCAAUGCCACUUUUUUCAUUUUAAAAUAGAAAAAUAUUUAUUCUAAAAACGAAGUAUGAUAUUAGUCAUUAAAGUUUUUAAUGAACACCUUAUCUUUUUACUCGUUGGGUUAGAGUAAAACAUAAUUCCAUGUCAAACGGAUCCUCUUAGACCAUCUCCAAUGCUACACUAUAAUUUUCUCUAUAUUUCACUCUAAAAUAGAGUAACUCUAUUAUAGAGUUGAAUUUGCUUCAAUGGUUCACUCUAUAAUAGAGUUACUCUAUUUUAGUGUAAAUUAUAGAGGAAAAAAUAGAGUUCCCUUGGAGAUGUUCUUCCAUAAACAAAAUUAAACGCAAAGAAAAUGAUUCCACCAGAAACCGUGGCAAAAUGGGAACACUACAAAGAACAUAAAAUUUGGCAAUUAUUCGCACUCACGUCAAAACAUAUUCGAUGAACAAAAAUAUGAGAAAAUAACUUUAUAAGCAAGAAUAUAAAAUGGAACCAAUAAUCACUCUACUGAACAGUUUCGGUAAAUCGUGACUCAUUUAUCAUAUAGUUUAUAUUUUAUGUUGGAAAGAACUUAGAUGCAUCAACAGCUCUCAUGGAGUUAGUCUACCAAAGAUUUAUAUAAACUAUAUAAUGAGCUAUAAUAAAAAGCUAGGGGUAUUAUUUUCUUGUAACAAUAUUAUCACCUAAUUAUUUAAAAAAUAAACUCGUGAAAACUUAACUGAAACUCCGCCAAAAAUUCAAUACUAAAUUUAUGGAUUAGAGGCCUAAUUCAUGUUAUAAAAUUGUUUAUAGAAUCAUCAAAACUAUGCCCUACGCAAAAUGAUGGCUUCAGUCUUGGAGAUCUUCGAUUUAGUACAGAGAUCAUAUACGUGAAUUCAACCAUAAAGUAACCAAUUAAAAUUUAUUAACCUUUAAUAUACUAAAUAAAUAAUCUUCAAAAAAAAAAAAAAAUACUAAAUAAAUAAAGAUAGUAAAAGUGAUUAAAGUAUUAUUGUUAAUUGCAUUUAUGUCAACAAUGGUUCUAUGUUGAUAAAAUUAACAAUGCAUUUUUAUGCGCAAAUACAUUAUAAAAUAUGAUUUAACAUACGUACUGACAUGAUAUAGUUACGAACUAGUUGUUUACUUCCAUAGAUGUACGUACGUAGUUAGACUUAGGAAAAAUGAAUAGAACGAGGGAGUAUUAAUACAACAUGCGUUCGAGUUCGAUCAAACAUAGGAAUCCACAGUAAGAAAACUAUUUAGUUUAUUUAGUUAGGUAAUGUGAAUCAAAUACAUAUUCUCAUAUUUUUAUAUCUUUGGUGCAUCCUUUUUUUGGUUCUAGGCUUCUAGCUAGUUGAUGAGGUAGAGACAGUACCCAUAAUUUUCAGAGUAAGGUAUGACAACUUGCCUCUAAAUAUAUAACAAACAAACAAAAUAACAACACUAUACACAUAUUUUAUAUUAUAUAUUUACACUAACAUAAGGUAUUAAGGUGAGAAGCUAAAGUAUGAAAGAGGUGGGGGCCGGGGGGUGGUGCAUCUGCAUCCAUAAUUGUUUUCUUUCUUGUGAAAUUGACAUAUUUUGUCACGUAUAUUUUAGGUGAAUACAUAAUAAUUUAUAACUUGCACUCAUAGAAUUUAGAUAAAGUCCAAAAGCAGAUGUAAAACAAAUUAAAUCCAUUUUAAGAAGAACAAAAAUAAUUUGAGACGUUUUAAAAAAUAAUAUAAUUAAAAAAUUUAAAGCCUAAUUAUGUUUUUAAAAAUUAACCAAAAUUCCGAACUACAAAAAUCGCCCAUUUAAGAAAACAAAAUAAUAUAAGCUCUAAAAUUACUUAAUUAUGUUUUGAAAUUUUCUAAAGGAAAAAAUUAUAACAACUAAUUUAUCAUCAGAUUAUGAAAAUGACAAUGCAACAACUUUUUUUAUUUUUAAAAAUAUUUUUGUAUUUCUAAAAAAGAAAUUCUUACAGUUAAACACCAUAUGCAAUCAAACUAGAAAUUUUUUAAGUAAUUAUUAAUUUUUAUUUUUAAAUACUUGAAAAUGUACAAAUAGAACAGUGAUAAAUUAUUAAACAAUAAGUAAACAUAAAAAUUAUGGUGUUAUUUUAAAAUUUCAUUAAAAUAAUUAAUAUUUUUUCAUUUAUUGUAAUACUUUAAUUUAGUAUACUAUAUAAUAUUUACUAAUUUAAUAUAAUGCAUCCGUUAAAACAUUUGUUUGGUUUUCUUUAUUUUGAAAACAUUUGUUUGGUUUUGCUCGUAUAGGUUUUGGUAGAGUGAAGAAUGUUUCACACUACAUCCUUUAUCUUUGAUUGGCUCUAUAUAAGGAGCGAUAACCAACCAAAGACAAGCCAUAACACAUGAUUUAAUUGAAACAAACCUUCUCAUAUCUCUGUUACGACUACUUCUAAAUAUAAUAUUCAAAAGAGCGAAAGAGAAAGACUGUUGAUCUAAAGUUAUUAUCUAAGAUGGAGGAAGUAAGGAAGAUGGGUUGUAUGGAGAAGGUAAGGCCAUUCAUUUUAGUUGUAUUGUUGCAAGUAGGGCUAGCAGGAAUGGACAUUCUCUCAAAAGCUGUCCUAAACAAAGGCAUGAGCAACUAUGUCCUUGUUGUUUACCGUCACGCCGUUGCUACCCUGGUUAUGGCCCCGUUCGCCCUCUAUUUCGACAAGAAGGUGAGACCAAAGAUGACUUUCAUGAUAUUCUUCAGGAUCACACUUCUUGGUUUACUUGAGCCAGUGAUUGAUCAAAACUUAUACUAUCUUGGAAUGAAGUAUACAACGGCUACAUUUGCAACCGCCAUGUACAAUGUCUUACCUGCGAUCACUUUCGUCCUUGCUUAUAUAUUCGGGCUAGAAAGAGUGAAACUACGGUGCAUCAGGAGCGCUGGUAAGGUGAUUGGGACAUUGGCUACAGUUGGAGGAGCCAUGAUAAUGACUCUAGUAAAAGGUCCAGUUCUUGAUCUCUUCUGGACCAAAGGAGCCUCUGCACCGAACACAGUUGGGACCGAUAUUCAUAGUGCUAUCAAAGGUGCAGUUUUGGUCACAAUUGGUUGUUUCAGCUAUGCAUGUUUCAUGAUUCUCCAAGCUUUCACGUUGAGAACUUACCCAGCUGAACUCUCACUCACUGCAUGGAUAUGCCUAAUGGGAACAAUAGAAGGAGCUGUCGUGGCGUUAGUGAUUGAGAAAGGAAACCCUGGUGCAUGGGCCAUUGGUUGGGACACUAAACUUAUUACCGCCACCUAUAGUGGUAUAGUGUGCUCUGGGAUUGGUUAUUAUGUUGGAGGAAUAGUGAUGAAAACCAAAGGUCCUGUGUUUGUAACAGCUUUUAGUCCUCUAGGCAUGAUCAUAGUAGCGAUUAUGUCGACCAUCAUCUUUGCUGAGCAGAUGUACCUGGGAAGGGUUCUUGGUGCAGUUGUUAUAUGUGCUGGGCUCUACCUUGUGAUAUGGGGCAAAAGCAAAGAUUAUAAGUAUCCUUCCACACCGCAAAUAGAUGGUGAAUCAGCACAACCCAGUGUGCAGCUAUGUAGAAACGGAAAGGAUGGUGUAGAAACACUCUAACUAUACAAUAUGAAACACAAAUCUUUUGCAUUGAGGAGUCGGAGCGUAUACCAAUUUCAUAUGUUGUCCACUAUGUUUCAGAACAAUUAUAGGAUAUAAUUUGCUAACUACCAUGAAAGGAAAAUAAUUGUCUGGGGAUGCGAGAAAAAUAUGAUGUAACAUUUGGAUUUAUGGAAUAUGAAUAUGAUUAUUAGUUAUUACACUGUAUUGCUAAAUCAA